GCUUAACGGACCACAUACGCCAAACAUACGCCUGCUACCGUUACUCGUGCUAUUUUUACCGAUAAAAGUACCGACACACGCCAUACAUACGCCAUUGUGCCGCAUUGUGCUUACUGUAUCAGAUAGCGCACAAACUGCGCAGGCAUCUCACCAACAUCUCACGCCCCUUUCUUCCUCCUGUUCUUUGAGAGCCCUACUGGAGAUAUGGCAGAGCCAAAGGUUUGGUUCAUUACUGGUGCAUCGUCGGGGUUCGGGAGAUCGAUGACUGAGCUUUUGCUCAACAAGGGCGAUAAAGUCAUAGCGACUCUUCGCCAUCUUGAUGCUCUAUCAGAUUUAUCAGCACAAUUCCCAUCCCAGCUCUUAGUCAUUCAGCUCGACGUGACGAACAGCGCGGAAGUAUCAGCUGCGUUUGCAAGAGCAAAAGAAGCAUUUGGAAGGAUUGAUGUCGUGUUUAAUAAUGCAGGUCAAUGUGUAGCAGGAGAGUUAGAGUCCGUGAGCGAAGAAGAGGCCCGUCAGAUGUUCGAAGUAAAUUUCUGGGGUGCUAUGCAUGUGAGCAAGGAGGCGGUGAAGUUCUUCCGAGAAGUGAACAAGCCAAUUGGUGGGAGAUUGUUGGGAUUGGUAGGCGGCCCUGCAACCGCCUUCUACACACCUGCGUACGCCAAUCCUGACUUGCCCGGUUCCAAGGUUCGGCAAUUCAUGGCGUCGGGCAAUAUCGAUGGAGAUGCAGACAAGGCAGUGGUGGCCAUUGAAAAGUUGACCCACCUUGAUGAUGUUCCUAUGCGCCUGCCACUGCACAGAAAAGUCGACGUGAAUAAAUUUGAAAGUUGGUCUGAAGAUCUUUACCAUUAAAAUCCAUGUAAUGUAGUCAGUAGUCUUGCUACUCGUUCGAAUGCGUUUCGUACACAUUUAUGCAACAAUUUCUCGAUUUUCCCUGUGUAGAGACUGCUGCCUUUCACUUUCAAAGAAUGAUCACAUUAUGUAAGUCGUUCGUCUUCGAAACCAGACG